AUGCCUUAUAUUAAGUUUCUGUUUUUACUUUUUUGCUUGAUACUGAUCGGGGAAUGCCGAAAGCACAAAAGUAGGAAAAGGAGGUGGUCCGGGGCGGUGGAAUCUCACAAGCAUGGCGCGUAAGUACCUGGAUCCUUACCCUUUUUGACAGUCCAUCCAAAUGUGUUUCCUUAUUUCACUCUUUCGUUUGCACUUUAAAGCAACUGGAGGUCUUCAUGUCAUCCUCUUUCUUUGUUUCUUUUGUUAAAUUCCGCACUUGUGGAACCCUGCGUUCCGUUUGAUGUAGCCUAAUACUAGGCUAUUUAUUCGACUAAGUUUGUCACAUUCAAAAUUAUGUAUGGCUCGUUUCAGCAAUGUUAAACCCGUUACAGUCGUUGACACGGAGACUGUAUGUAAAUAUUAGCGUUAUUGGGGUGGUCUCGACUCGAUGGUGACUGCGCAAUGUGGAAACCGUGCCCGUGCGUAAAGAUGAUCCAGAGCGCAGUGCGCAUAUUAUGGGAAGGAUGCAAUCAAUGGAUGGACCCUGUCUGCGCAGAUGUCAUGAAUCAUCUCUAUCUGCAAGUGUCAUCAUCCAUACCAUUCAUCUGAACUUUGCAUCAUUAUUCUGCAUCAUACUUCACUAUCGGUUGUGCCAUUCUCCACAUCAGAUAACCCGUGAUGUGUUGCGUCAUUGUUAAAAAUCUUAUCUGUGAGGCUGUUCAAUGACACAAAGCUCUCAAAUGCACUUUAAGUAGGCUACAGUAAGGGCAGAACAUGGUUCAUGUAAUCUGCAAGAUUUAACAGAUUUAACAGUUCCAUGGGGACAGUGGAUUAAUCGGGUUCUCAGGAUCCCCUGCUGUAUUGCAAGUAGCUCUCCAAUUAUGUUGUUCUUGCUAAUUGAGUUACAACGUGACAUUUUUGUCCAUUAGACAUUUAUAGGAUUACAAUACCAGAUCAACCACUAUAGCAUGAAGUGGCAGUCCCCAGGGGACAAUGUGCGUUCAUUAUUAAUUGUGCAAAAUCACAAUCACACCAAGUGUGAAAGUGACACACUGUGAAUGCUGGCCAGGUCGAAAUGGUUGUCUGAUGGCCUAAUUAGCCUCCAUUCACUCAAUAAUUGUCACCCCUCUAUUUUGGGAGACCCUUGAACAGGGGCAGACUGGGACCAGAAAUCGGCCCUGGCAUUACUAACACAUGCAUUCCUUUCCUUGAUGCUCCCACACAGGCCCAUUUAUUUCCUUGAGGCUCUCAUUAUUAGCCUAAAAACCCAAUUUUGCACUACAAACCCAAGUUAGACAGGCCCACUGGGCUAAAAAUGGACCAGGCCAUUUGGCAUUUGCCCGAAAUGCCAGAUGGCCAGUCCGCCCCUGCCCUUGAAACUGGCAUAGGUGCAAAAUGCCUAAAUGGAUGGGUUUUUCCCCUGUCUUCCCUAAACUUUAUAUCCACGGAACAUAUAAUGUAUACAGAGUAUGGGAACGAACUUACAUUUUACAUUUACAUUUUAGUCAUUUAGCAGACGCUCUUAUAAUAAUAAUAAUAAUAAUAAUAAUAAUAAUAAUAAUCCAGAGCGAUUUACAGUUAGUGAGUGCAUACAUUUUCAUACUUCCACCCAUGUUAUCCUCAAACGACAAAGUGUCAUGUGGGUUAGAUAAACUUACUUUGACAGCAAAGCAUGUUUCUCAUGAUUCUCUGAGGGCAGGCACUACACACACACCCACACAUUGCAGUUAUGCUCAUGCAGAGAAAUGGCCCAUAAACAGCAAUGUUCAAUGCUGACAAAAACACCUGACACCACACCUUGAACGAGACAGAAAUAAUGUUUUUAUAAAGAACAGGGUCCGGUUUCCCAAAAGCAUCUUAAGGCUAAGUUCAUCGUUCAAACCUUCGUAGGAGCAUCGCUAAAUCUCAGAGCUGUUUCCUAAAACCAUCGUUAUUGACGUUGCACUUGCAAAUGCUCCUAAUCUAACGCCUGCCUCAGACCACUUGUAGAACAGCUAAGUGCAUCGUUAAAUAAAAAAUAAAAUGUUAUUUGCCACAUGCGCCGAAUACAACAUGUGUACACCUUACAGUGAAAUGCUUACUUACAAGCCCUUAACCAAAAAUUCAGUUUUAAGAAAAGUAAGUGUUAAGUAGAAAAUUGAUGAAUAAAAAUAACAAAUCAUUAAAGACACCGCCUGGUAUAGAGGUCCUGGAUGGCAGGAAGCUUGGCCCCAGUGAUGUACUGGGCCGUACGCACUACCCUCUGUAGUGCCUUGCGGUCGGAGGCCGAGCAGUUGCCAUACCAGGCAGUGAUGCAACCAGUCAGGAUGCUCUCGAUGGUGCAGCUGUAGAACUUUUUGAGGAUCUGAGGACCCAUGCCAAAUCUUUUCAGUCUCCUGAGGGGGAAUAGGCUUUGUCGUGCCCUCUUCACGACUGUCUUGGUGUGUUUGGACCAUGAUAGUUUGUUGGUGAUGUGGACACCAAGGAACUUGAAGCUCUCAACCUGUUCCACUACAGCCCCGUCGAUUUGAAUGGGGGCGUGCUCAGUCCUAUUCUUUUUCCCUGUAGUCCACAAUCAUCUCCUUUGUCUUGAUCAUGUUGAGGGAGAGGUUGUUAUCCUGGCACCACACGGCCAGGUCUCUGACCUGCUCCUUAUAGGCUGUCUCAUCGUUGUCGGUGAUCAGGCCUACCAUUGUUGUGUUGUCAGCAAACUUAAUGAAGGUGUUGGAACAGUGCCUGGCCAUGCAGUCAUGGGUGAACAGGGAGUACAGGAGGGGACUGAGCACGCACCCCUGAGGGGCCCCCGUGUUGAGGAUCAGCGUGGCAGAUGUGUUGUUACCUACCCUUACCACCUGGGGCCGGCCCGUCAGGAAGUCCAGGAUCCAGUUGCAGAGGGAGGUGUUUAGUCACAGGGUCCUUAACUUAGUGAUGAGUUUUGAGGGCACUAUGGUGUUGAACGCUGAGCUGUAGUCAAUGAAUAGCAUUCUCACGUAGGUGUUCCUCUUGUCCAGGUGGGAAAGGGCAGUGUGGAGUGCAAUAGAGAUUGCAUCAUCUGUGGAUCUGUUGGGGCAGUAUGCAAAUUGGAGUGGGUCUAGGGUUUCUGGGAUAAUGGUGUUGAUGUGAGCCAGCCUUUCAAAGCACUUCAUGGCUACAGACGUGAGUGCUACGGGUCGGUUGGUCAUUUAGGCAAGUUAUCUUAGUGUUCUUGGGCACAGGGACUAUGGUGGUCUGCUUGAAACAUGUUGGUAUUACAGACUCAGUCAGGGACAUGUUGAAAAUGUCAGUGAAGACACUUGCCAGUUGGUCAGCGCAUGCUCGGAGUACACGUCCUGGUAAUCCGUCUGGCCCUGCGGCCUUGUGAAUGUUGACCUGCUUAAAAGUCUUACUCACAUCGGCUACGGAGACCGUGAUCACAUAGUCAUCCGGAACAGCUGAUGCUCUCAUGCAUGCUUCAGUGUUGCUUGCCUCGAGGCGAGCAUAGAAGUGAUUUAGCUCGUCUGGUAGGCUCGUGUCACUGGGCAGCUCGCGGCUGUGCUUCCCUUUGUAGUCUGUAAUAGUUUGCAAGCCCUGCCACAUCCAACGAGCGUCGGAGCCGGUGUAGUACGAUUCAAUCUUAGUCCUGUAUUGACUCUUUGCCUGUUUGAUAGUUCGUCGGAGGGCAUUAGAUGCUUUUUUGCCCUCCCGUGUCACUUUAUACACAGAAGAGGGCUUUUUUGCCCUCCCGCGUCACUUUAUAUACAAAGGUUUUCUGUUAAACAUAGAAUAACAUGGUAUAUCCAUCUCUCUGUGACCGCUGAUAACUUCAUAAUAAAGUUGACUACCAAUACAAAGUUGCAAUAUCUUUGCAAUUGAUACAAACAAGUGACGUAUAAAAAGAUGCUUCAAAUGAAAACCGAAUCUUGAGAUGAUUGCAUUAAAAUAUAAACAGUAGGCUAUAGGCCUAUUUCAAUCAUUUUGAAAUACAUUUAAUGUUCAAUCAGUUGAGUUCUAUUUUGCUUCUUGUAGGCUAUUGUCUGUAUUUUGUCUCAAUAUAUUUCAUGUGUAGCCUAACGUGCGCAAUGAUGUGCCAAAACUUCACAGUAUUGUGAAAUAAUGUAAUGUUAAGAAAUAUUUUAAUGGAGAAUACUGACCCGAGAGGAGCGCUCCAUUUCUUUCGAUCCUAUCAGUAUCAACACAUGCUCCAACGACGCACUUAGCGAACGUUCUCUGCAAGCUGUUUUGGGAAACUAAUGUUACAUGUUCGGCUAUUGUAGGAAAGAUCAAACGUGGUCUCAGAGCUUUUCGUAUUAUUCUGUAUGUAAAUCCGAGACUCCAUUUAGUAUGAUAUGUUACGUUUCAUAUGGUAUGUGUUAAUUUGUGGAUGUCCAUCAUCCAUUUUGUAUGAUCUGUUAGGAAUUGCAAUUUGUACAAUAUGUUACAACUUUUGAAAAACGUACAAUAUGUUACGAAUUCUAACGCGUUGUAGUUAAUGUUAGCUAGGUGGCUAAUUCUAACGUUAGCUAGCACUAGUGGUUAAGGUUAGGAAUUAGGUUAAAGGGUUAAGGUUAGGGUUAGGGGAAGUGUUAGCUAAUAUGCUAAGUAACUAAAAGGUAUUAAGUAGUUGCAAAGUUGUCCGUGAUGAGAUUCGAACACGCAACCUUUGGAUUGCUAGACGUUUUCGUUAAAUGCCCGCCCGCCCAUCCGUCUGUUCAUCCGUCCAUCCAGAUUCAGACCAACCAAGCACCCUCCUUUAGUUUUUACCUUAAGUAACCUUAUAUCUUAUGUAACCUUACCAAACGUAAUAUAUCAUACUAAUUUGAGAGUCCAGGAUUGACGUUUACUAUGUUACAUCUAGUCUAUGAGACCAGUCUGGAAAGAUGCAUCUUUAAAACACUAGUAAACCUAAAUUCCAUCACUAUCGGGAAACCUGGCCCAGGAAUGUUAUCUGUAAUUUCCAUGGCAGUUUCAUCCAUUGCGCAACAUCCUUAUCUUGAUUUCAGAAUUCCUGCCAAUUGAUCCUAUUUAAAAGACUCACACUCAUGUUGUAAAGUCUGUUCUUACUCCUUAUCAUUCUGGGUCCGGUUUCCCGAUAGUGAUGGAACUUAGACUUACGACUGUUUUAACAAUGCAUCUUAAAAAUUACGGCCGGAGAUGUCACACCAGUUUCCCAAAACACCUGGUAGUGCACUCGUUACGAAGUGAAACUUAACGGUGUCAUUACAGGAGCUGUGUCCCAUGCUGAAAAUGAUUCCAGAAUACUGGCUAAAGAGCUCACUGUAGCUCUUAAAUGAUUUCGGGCUAUUCAAAGUAAUCUGCUUUUUACAUCUUUUUUUUUUUUACACAAUACACAAGUUUUCCCAUCAAGAGAAGAAAUGUUCUGUAGCCUAUUAUGUAUUUAAGUAUUUGUAUUAUAUGCUUUCCAUGUAUUAUGUAUUCGAAGUGUUUCUCAUGCUAUUUUGGAUGCAAUGUUUGAUUAUGUAAAUUAAUUAUAUAUUCAGUUUGUGUAAACUGUGAGCAAGAAUGAGUAAAGUCAAAGUCGCUCGUUCCACUAUAGAAAUGAUCAACAUGACCUAAAUAUAGGAUAUGAUGAUGACAAUGGUUUUCGUAAUUGCUGAACAAAUCACUGUAGCCUAAUGGCAGGCAGGAAUGUACCUUGAAGUAGGUCUACAGAUAGUCAACAAUGAAAUAAUUCAACAAUUAAAAUAAUGAAACAUGAAGUAGCAAGUUAAGCGACGUCGCCAUAGACCUAAUAUGUUGACCUUAGGUUAUUGGUUAAGCUACAGUGAAAUGCGUGAGCUUUUAGAUAAUAGUAGCCUAUACACCUAAUAUACGAAUAUUGAAGCGGGUCAGAUGGAGCCUAAUGGCUUAAUAGGUAGGUCAACCUGGUCUCAGAACAUUUAAUUGUAUUCUGUAUGUAAAUCCAUGGCAUUCCAUUGAGUAUAAUAUGUUACGUUUCGUAUGGUAUGUAUUAAUUUGUGGAUGUCCAUCACCCAUUUCGUAUGAUAUGUUAUGAAUUACAAUUUGUACAUUAUGUUAGGAAUUUGCUAAAUGUACAAUAUGUUACAAAUGUGCAAAAAUGUAUGAUAUGUUACGAAUUGUAGCUAGGUGGCGAACUUUAGCCAGGUCGCUAACGUUAGCUAGGGGUUAGGGUUAAGGUUAGGUUAGGGGAAGGGGAAGGGUUAGCUAAAAGGGUUAUUGGUUAGGGAAAGGGUUAGCUAACAUGCUAAAUAGUUAAAAAGUAGUAAGUAGUUAAAGUUGCUAAUUAGCUCAAAUGCUGAAGUUAUCUGUGAUGAGAUUCGAAUUCGCGACCUUUGGGUUGCUAGACAUUCGCGUUAUACGCCCACCCCGACCAACCACCCUCCUUUCGUUUUUGCCUUAAGUAACCAUCUGUUUUACGUAACCAUACCAAACUUAACAUAUCAUACUAAAUAGAUUGUCUCGGAUUUACGUACAGAAUAAUACAAAAUACUCUGAGACCAAGUUGGGUAGGUCUAUGGAUUGCACAUACAUUUACAUGAUGUCGAUAUUUAGCCUAAUAAGUUUGCUAUUAUAUAAUUAUCUCGGUUUUCAUUCAACAACAAAAAAAUAGGCCUAUCCAUUCUUCGCUUGUUUAUAACAUUGCUAUCUUUUUAGGCUAUUUAUAUUCAACUGGCUAUGAAGUUUUUGGCGGUCACAUAGAAUGAAGAUGUUUCUAUGUUUAGCGGGGAUUGUGUGUAAAGUGAAUCGGGAGGGCAAACAGUGAUCUAAUAACGCACUUGUUCUACGAGUGGUCUGAUGCAGGCGUUAGAUUACGAGCGAUUUCAAGUGCAACGUUAGGAUAAUAAAGACGGUUUUAGGAAACGUCUCGGGAAUUUUAAAGAUGCUCUUACGAAGGUUCUAACGAUUAAUUUAGCCUUAAAAUGGUUUUGGGAAUCCGGGCCCUCUUCGUUACAUAAUCUGACUGUUGUGGUUUGAGGGUCAUUUUAAAGGUGGUUCUCUGUAAGGAGUAAGGACUGGAUGGAGACAGAUAACUGUUAUCCACCAAUAUUUUCAGCAGUAGCCUAUUGAUUGCCGUUUUUCUUUUGCAGUCCCCUGACUGGAAAAAGGAUAGUUGAUAACACAAAAUCUCACAAAUUGAAGACAGACAACCUGCUGAGAGUGGAUGACCAUGAUUUCACCAUGAGACCAGCCUUUGCAGGUAAGGACAUGGUUCUAAACAUCUUGUUGACUGAUUGGCUGAUUUAACUAAAGUAGACUUCAGAGCCCUGGCAAAGGGGCCCUGAUAUCACUGUUCAGAUAAUGGUUGCAAAAUUGUUCCUUGAGUGCUGCAGUGUAUGUUUGUUCCAUGUUUGUACUUCUUGGGCAAUCAGGUGGUUGCCCUCUCUGGGCAACCAAUUAAUGGCUCUGAACAUUAAUUAAGUGCCAGUGUGGAACAAAAACCAUCAGGAUUGUGGCCCUUGAGGAUUGGAGUUGUGCUACUCUGAUUUAGAUCUUGAAUGGCAUUGAAGCAUGUCCGGCAAAGAAAAGUACAUGUACAGUGAGGGAAAAAAGUAUUUCAUCCCCUGCUGAUUUUGUACGUUUGCCCACUGACAAAGAAAUGAUCAGUCUAUAAUUUUAAUGGUAGGUUUAUUUGAACAGUGAGAGACAGAAUAACAACAAAAAAAUCCAGAAAAACGCAUGUCAAAAAUGUUAUAAAUUGAUUUGCAUUUUAAUGAGGGAAAUAAGUAUUUGACCCCUCUGCAAAACAUGACUUAGUACUUGGUGGCAAAAACCAUUGUUGGCAAUCACAGAGGUCAGACGUUUCUUGUAGUUGGCCACCAGGUUUGCACACAUCUCAGGAGGGAUUUUGUCCCAUUCCUCUUUGCAGAUCUUCUCCAAGUCAUUAAGGUUUCGAGGCUGACGUUUGGCAACUCGAACCUUCAGCUCCCUCCACAGAUUUUCUAUGGGAUUAAGGUCUGGAGACUGGCUAGGCCACUCCAGGACCUUAAUGUGCGUCUUCUUGAGCCACUCCUUUGUUGCCUUGGCCGUGUGUUUUGGGUCAUUGUCAUGCUGGAUUACCCACCCACGACCCAUUUUCAAUGCCCUGGGUGAGGGAAGGAGGUUCUCACCCAAGAUUUGACGGUACAUGGCCCCGUUCAUCAACCCUUUGAUGCGGUGAAGUUGUCCUGUCCCCUUAGCAGAAAAACACCCCCAAAGCAUAAUGUUUCCACCUCCAUGUUUGACGGUGGGGAUGGUGUUCUUGGGGUCAUAGGCAGCAUUCCUCCUCCUCCAAACACGGCGAGUUGAGUUGAUGCCAAAGAGCUCGAUUUUGGUCUCAUCUGACCACAACACUUUCACCCAGUUCUCCUCUGAAUCAUUCAGAUGUUCAUUGGCAAACUUCAGACGGGCAUGUAUAUGUGCUUUCUUGAGCAGGGGGACCUUGCGGGCGCUACAGGAUUUCAGUCCUUCAUGGUAUAGUGUGUUACCAAUUGUUUUCUUGGUGACUAUGGUCCCAGCUGCCUUGAGAUCAUUGACAAGAUCCUCCCGUGUAGUUCUGGGCUGAUUCUUCACCGUUCUCAUGAUCAUUGCAACUCCACGAGGUGAAAUCUUGCAUGGAGCCCCAGGCCGAGGUAGAUUGACAGUUAUUUUGUGUUUCUUCCAUUUGCUAAUAAUCGCACCAACUGUUGUCACCUUCUCACCAAGCUGCUUGGCGAUGGUCUUGUAGCCCAUUCCAGCCUUGUGUAGGUCUACAAUCUUGUCCCUGACAUCCUUGGAGAGCUCUUUGGUCUUGGCCAUGGUGGAGAGUUUGGAAUCUGAUUGAUUGAUUGCUUCUGUGGACAGGUGUCUUUUAUACAGGUAACAAGCUGAGAUUAGGAGCACUCACUUUAAGAGUGUGCUCCUAAUCUCAGCUCGUUACCUGUAUAAAAGACACCUGGGAGCCAGAAACCUUUCUGAUUGAAAGGGGGUCAAAUACUUAUUUCCCUCAUUAAAAUGCAAAUCAAUUUAUAACAUUUUUGACAUGUGUUUUUCUGGAUGUUUUUGUUGUUAUUCUGUCUCUCACUGUUCAAAUACACCUACCAUUAAAAUUAUAGACUGAUCAUUUCUUUGUCAGUGGGCAAACGUACAAAAUCAGCAGGGGAUCAAAUACUUUUUUCCCUCACUGUAUGUUAAAAAGUAGUCUCGUCAUAUCAAUACACACAGGAUCUAGUUAGAUAUGACACUUUGAGAAUGAAUUAUUUUGUAGCAAUCAAUUCGGUAUCCACACCUGUUUUGACAUGUUUACUGAAGUGUAAGGAAGGUUUUGGAGGAGCUUUUGAAAUGCAUAAAAUGGGAUGCUUCAUAUUCCCUGGUGAAUAAUGUACUGGAUGUAGUGUUACUGAACUUGAGUGGCAGCUCAGACACUAAGAAUUCUAAAUAGAGGAUCCUACAUAAAACCCUUCAUUCUAUCUGUAAAUGGGACACACAGACACAGCCUUGUGUCCCGGAAUAGAGAGCUUUUGGAGAUUCAAAUUGUCUGUCUUAUACAAACAUUAUGAAAGGUUGACUUGUGUAAUCCUGUGAAAACUGUCUGUACUAAUUUGGGUGGGAGAUGUGUAGCGGUGGCUAUGUUUUCUUCCCUAGCUUCAAAAGGAAGCAGUCGUACAGUGUUGGUAAUGAAAGCCUCUUACACGGCCGCUCGCUGGAGGAAUGUUAUCUGUGUGGCAUUGUGACGUGCCAGCAUGAGGUCUCUUUCCACACAAGAGUGGAAGAAAACAGCCCAAAACACAAUCUGAGAAAUCCCACUGGGAAGGAGCAAAUGAAUUGUCCCAUUGCACACAAUAAACAGCUUUGUGUGGCAUAAUUUUCACAGAGAGAAAAAAGUUAAUUGUUCGGUUAGAAUUAGGGCUGUGCAAAUGUAGUUUUUUUCAGAGACAACGACUAUGUGAGGUUUUGCAUUAUGCAUACAGUGCUCUGCCGGUGGGAAGGCCUUUAUGGGGAUAAGGCUGUAAAUAUCCCCAGUAUAAAGGUUAGAGCUGUUCCCAUGUGUUUCAGGUUAUGACUGUAGGGAAGCACCCCUGCUGCUCAAUUACCAUUUAAACGUUUAUAAAUAGAAGACAAAAGAAGAUUCACUUUUAUAUCCAUGCUACUAGGAAUAUUCCAUUCUGCGGAUCCUUUGAGGUUUGGUUUCUGGUUGAAAAUCCACCAUCUAAACAAGGUUAGGAUACUGAGACAUGGAGAUUUGCUGUUGCAGUGAAUCUCAUAUUUGUCAUACAGUACAUAAAGUUCCAAUUUCCCGGGUUUACCUAUAAAUGUAAGUACAUAAAACAAAUAAGUAUUAUUAUAAUCUUCCAGUGGGUAUAAAUAACAUCUGAGGCGUGUAAAGACCUGUCAUGGCUUAACUAUACAUUUUAGUCAUUUAGCAGCCGCUCUUGUCCAGAGUGACUUACCGUAGUGAGUGCAUACAUUUUCGGACUGGUCCCCUGUGGGAAUCAAACCCACAACCCUGGCGUUGCAAGCACCAUGCUCUACCAACUGAGCCACACGGGACCACCACUUAAUCAAAUUUGCAGAGAUAGCUUGUUUUCCCCCCAUUUUAUUCCUAUUAUUUCCAUCGUUGGGAUUUCUUUCAGGAGUGAGCACCGGUGUCUAAUGCAUGGGGCUAGGCUAGCCUUAAUCUGGCCAGUGCUAACCAAUAGUUGAUUUACAGUUUCUAAAGGGGAGCACUCCAGUGUCAUUAUGUGAAAUAGAUAGGGGCUUUCUUCCCCCAUUCAGCAUUCAUGUAAUGUCUAUUUAAGGUCUUAAAACAGAUUUUGUGAUCUUUCCUGAUCUGCUGGUAUUUUACGGCAACAUUACAUAAUUUUGCUGUGCAGAGAUCUGGAUAGCUAGUCCUGUAUAUGAGAAAACAGACUCAUGAAAUAAUGCUGAUCAACCUAUUUGCCAUGGGGGGUUGUGUUCAUAUUUUUUUGUUGUCUUUCUUGUUAUUUCUGUGUAAUCUUGGAAGUCCUUAUGCUGGCUGAGGAAUAGCUUCCUCUGUCAUGUUGACUUCUAUAACAGAGACAUUCUUGAUGACUCAUUGAAUCAGCACAGACUAUAGAUGUUUUACUUGUGUGCUCCACUGACAACUGUUUACCAGACCAUACUAAGGUCCAACUCUAUGAAGAGACUGAAUAGUUCAGACAAUUUCAGAGGACAUUCUCGAUCAGUCAAUCACACAUUGUAUGGCUUUGAUGGGAACAUUUCAGAUUUGCAUCAUCGGAAUAUGUUCUAAGAGAGCUUUAACGAACAAGUAACUGCUAGGGGAACAGGCAAACUGAUAUGAAUUCAACUUGAGGUCAAACGCACAGUGAAAAGUCAAACACACAGUUCUCUAUCCUCUGGACCGGACCCCAUAACGACCCAUAAUGAUUGUUCUCAGCAGUGGUCUUUUUACAAGAUCACAUCUCCCACAGCCUCUACAUCAUAACCAGUGUCUCCGCUAUGGCAGGAGGAGCAGAUGGAGAGAGCACAUGUAAUCACUAUGAAUGAAAGAUACAUAUUUUCUUAAAUAACAGCCCAAUCCCCCACUAGCUCUAUCUAUUACAGGGGUAGAGGCUGUGGGAGGCCUUUCUCCCAGCAGGUGGCAAUUGUGGCGGGCAGCAUUGUCCACACAGGUCCUGGGAGGGGAGCUGGUGCCUGGGUCCCAGUUUAGGAUCUGAUGGAUGGCAUAUGGUGUGAGUGAGGGAUGACAGCCUACCCAGCUGGCACAAGGCGAUGAGUUAAUAUCUUCUCUUCCAGGUAACAGGCGAGGGGAGGCUGAGUGAAAGGAGGCUUUAGCUACUAGCGAUUACAUAAGAGGGUUCAGAGGCUGGUACUACAGCAGUUACCGCAGAUUAGACAAUGGCAGGCGAUCAGGACACUACUCACAUUGCAUACAUCUAUAUUAGGCAUUACUUGCGCUUCUUAUGUGAACCUUUAACAUGGGAUGGAUGGAACUGUGUGACAUAUAAUUGCAUAUAGAACUGAUUUAUAGGAUGUAUGUGCUGUGAAAAGAAACAUUACCUUAUAUGGAGUUAUUUUGAUUCCAUAUCCUCGCAAACCUAAAAUCUAACCCAAAUCUAUCAUUCAUGACUCAUCCACUUCAAUCAAAUGAAUACUUCAAAAUAUGAGUGUGUGGUAUUGCCCUCAAUACUGAAAUGAAAGGGUUUUUAAAAAUUAGCUGAAGAUUAUCUGUAGCUGUAAUAUCAUGUAGUAAUAAUUUGAGUCUUGCUGGGAUUGUGGUGGUGAUCAAAGGAAAAGGAUACUACUAGAGAUAACAAGGGGAAAGUAUGAAGAAAAUAUCAGAGCCUCUGUACUGGGGCAUGGAAAUCCAAUUGAAGACAUCAACUCAGACAGAGAUUUAUUUCAUUUUAUCGACGCUAAUACAGUGCAGUAGAAAAGUAUGUGAAUGUGAACCCCUGCAGAGUUUUCACAUUUUGUGGUGUUAGUCUGAAAUGUUGAUACUUUCUAUUUCUUUUUCUACUGAUGUACACAACCUACUUCACAUGGUAACAAUUGAAAGUGUCAACAUUUCAGACUCAACACAACAACAUGUUAAAACUGUGCAGGGGUACACAUACUUUUUUACUGCACUGUAUAUCUACCAAGAGAAAGUAGAAUUGUAAUGUUUCACAGUAACUUACCCUAAAUCAUGUUAUGUGAUGAUUAAACUGUAUUUCCACCUGAAACUGAAUCCUUGACUCUCACUGUUGGCCUAAAUAUGAUGCCACUGAUAAUCAGGAAUAUAAUAAUAAGAAUGAAAAUAAUCUAAUUAUUGUGACUGUAUGUUUUGCAGGCCCUGCUGUCCCUGUGGGGGUGGAUGUUCAGGUGGAGAGUUUGGACAGUAUAUCAGAGGUGGACAUGGUAAGUGAAUGAAUAACCAUACAAACAUGAAACAUUUCAAUUAAGUCAAUAUUAUGUAUGUUAUGUUGUAAAUGUGAAUGUAAAAGAUUACUCUGACGUUUUUCUUGCGCUGUACCCAAUGAUUUAUCAAAACUUGCUUAGUGGGUUGAUGUCCUCAUUGUGGUUUUACAGAUGUUUAAUACGUUUAUGUACACACUGUAUUCGAAUAUUUAUGAAAUGCACAUUGUUAUAUUAUUUAGCAUUUACUUGUUUUCCCUAAACUCCAACCCCAUUCAAUGCGUGGAACGGAUGUGGGUGGAGCUAUGUCUACAUAAGGGUGCUAAUUUAAAUAACUCACAAAAGCUCUGACGAAGGCCUUGAGGCCGAUAAGUAAAGCUUAUUAAAGAGCAGUGAUACUAUCAAGAGCAGUGUGCGGGUUUCUUUUUUUUUUUUCUCAUCUUAUUCAACUGUUAUCAUGCACCAGCAAAAAAGAUAGCUCAGAUGUGCGAGUGCCUUUUGAAUUUUGAAUUAAGUCAAUGUUAACAGUUGUUAGGUCAGUGGAACAUUUGAAGUGGUCAUUGUGAUACAGUGUUUAAAUUCAACAACUACUGAAUUGCAAUGGGUAGGGAUGCUGGCCAUUCCUAUAACAAAUCAAGAGACACCCAUCAGUCUUAAAUAUUUUAGGGUCUGUAACAUCAAUGAUGCUGCAGCCCACUACUUCCAUUGAACUGAAAAGCUCAGAUUCAUAAUAUUGGUCAUGCUUAUUAAUCUCUUAUUCUCAGAUAAUCAAAAUAAUAGGAGCACAGUGCUAGAAAUUGUUUUGUGUUCAAAAUGACCUUGCAAAUGACCAUGCACAUGUUCCACCACUAUAAAUUGGAGCCCAAACUUCCAUCCUGAUGUUCUGUAAGCCUCUAUGUGAGCAUUUACAUGUUUGUAUAUAAUUAUAUAAAAAUAGAUAGGGCAAAUUAUUGCUUACAAACGAUGACUGUCCUUAAUGAUAUAAUGCCAGACUGAUGGAGGACAAAGGUUCAGUCAGACGUAUCAACCAUUUUAAUAGCAUUAUGCAAUGUUACAGUGUCAAAAUGUGAUGUUAUACACACAUUGUAUGUAAUGACAAAGGUACUGAAGUGGGCACUUAUUACUUCAUUGGUGCUAUUAUUUCAAGUCGUAUUAUUACUGAUCUAAUAUGAUGUAAUAUAAUGCUGUGAAGUGAAUGGAAAAGAGGAUGGUCUGCUGGGGUAGAUAAAGUGGCGUAGUCGGCAUAAAAUAAACCCCUUUGCCUAGUAACAGAUACAGAUCAAGGAGCAGAGAGGAAGGAAAAGGAUAUGUGUGACCAAUGCAACCUCUAACCCAGAACUGUCAUUACUGUAUGUGUCUCAUCAUCACUAAUGUCAAUUCUGACUGCCCUCUCUGGACAUAUGACAUAAUAUGUUCCAUGCUCAUACUGAGGACAUACACUGAGUGUACAAAACAUUAGGAACACCUGCUCUUUCUAUGACUAGGUGAAUCCUAGUGAAAGCUAUGAUCCCUUAUUGAUGUCACUUGUUAAAUCCACUUCAAUCAGUGUAGAUGAAGGGGAGGAGACAGGUUAAAGAAGGAUUUUUAAGCCUUGAGACAAUUGAGACAUGGAUUGUGUAUGUGUGCCAUUCAGAGGGUGAAUGGGCAAGACAAAAGAUAUGUGCCUUUUUUUAUUUAUUUUAUUUUACCUUUAUUUAAUUAGGCAAGUCAGUUAAGAACAAAUUCUUAUUUACAAUGACGGCCUACACCGGCCAAACCCGGACGACGCUGGGCCAAUUGUGCGCCGCCCUAUGGGACUCCCAAUCACGGCCGGUUGUGAUACAGCCUGGAAUCGAACCAGGGGGUCUGUAGUGACGCCUCAAGCACUGAGAUGCAGUGCCUUAGACCGCUGCGCCACUCGGGAGCCCUUUGAACGGGGGUAUGGUAGUAGGUGCCAGGCGCACCGGUUGUGUCAAGAACUGCAACGCUGCUGGGUUUUUCAUGCUCAACUGUUUCCCGUGUGUAUCAAGAAUGGUCCACCACCCAAUGGACAUCCAGCCAACUUUACACAACUGUGGGAAGCACUGAAGUCAACAUGUGCCAGCAUCCCUGUGGAACGUUUUCGACACCUUGUAGAGUCCAUGUCCCAACGAAUUGAGGCUGUUCUGAGGGCAAAAGGGGGGGGGGGGUGCAACCAAUGUUCCCUCUAAUUUUUUCUGGCACAGAGCAAAUUUCAUGUCUGCUGAGCGCAAACUUCAACUUUGUGAAAAUUCUGUGCAACUUCCAGUGCGCGUUUACUGUGAACACUGAGGCUGUACCCGCUUUAAGUUACAGUUUUAACAGUGGUCAUGUAGGCUACUGUGGCUAUUUGAUCAUAAUGUAGGCCUACCAGAGUGGUCCUAUCAUCAAAAACAAUGGAGAAAAUGCAUCCCAUAACAUUUUAACAUGGAAAUAGCUGUUCUAUCAUUCAGCCUACAGUAGCAGCCAAUGUGUGGUGUUCAAUGUAGGCCUACAUGAAAAAAACAUACACGGCUUGACAUUAACCUGUUUAUUCACUUGUCCUUCAGACAAGGAGGUGACUGAACAUGCUGUUAUGUUGUUUAAUGCAAGAAACCACUUUAAAAUGCAUUAUUAUUGUCAUACCAUUAUUACAGAGAAUCUGAAAAAUGAUGCUACCCUCUGCCUAUUGGCUACUUAGCUAAUUCAAGCCUGUCUCAAAACACAACACUGCCUCUUUAAGACAAAAAAAAGCUAUUUAGCUAGAAAUGUACACGUUUUGUGCUCUUGUAGGAAGCAAUCACUCCCCUAUUGCUGACUACAAAUGAUCUAUAACUGGGCUAAUAACUCACUAACUAGCAAAGGAUAUGAACUAAAUCUGCACACGUGGCUACAUUCAGCUCUCGCUUUGAUCUCAAAACAAGCGCAUCUACUCACGACCGCUCAUGCUGUAAACACAAUCCAGUUCAAAGUAAAUGGCACAGAUCCAAAUUCAGUGCAUUCGGAAAGUAUUCAGACCCUUUGACCUUUUCCAAAUUUUGUUACGUUACAGCCUUAUUCUAAAAUUGAUUAAAUUGUUUUUUUCCCCUCAUUAAUCUACACACAAUACCCCAUAAUGACAAAAUAAAAAACAGUUAGUAUUCAGACCCUUUACUCAGUAUUUUGUUGAAGCACCUUUGGUAGCGAUUACAGCCUUGAGUGUUCUUGGGUAUGACGCUACAAGCUUGGCACACCUGUAUUUGGGGAGUUUCUCCCAUUCUUCUCUGCAGAUCCUCUCAAGCUCUGUCAGGUUGGAUGGGGAGCGUCGCUGCAAAGCUAUUUUCAGGUCUCUCCAGAGAUGUUCGAUCGGGUUCAAGUCUGGGCUCUGCUCGUUGUCCUGUUGGAAGGUGAACCUUUGCCCCAGUCUGAGGUCCUGAGCGCUCUGGAGCAGGUUUUCAUCAAGGAUCUUUCUGUACUUUGCUCCGUUCAUCUUUCACUUGAUCCUGACUAGUCUCCCAGUCCCUGCUGCUGAAAAACAUCCCCACAGCAUGAUGCUGCCACCACCAUGCUUCACCGUAGGGAUGGUGCCAGGUUUCCUCCAGACGUCAGGCUUGGCAUUCAGGCCAAAUAGUUCAAUCUUGGUUUCAUGAGAUCAGAGAAUCUUGUUUCUCGUGGUCUGAGAGUCUUGAGUCCUACUCCGAUGCGUUCUGCAUACAACAACAUUUCUUGCAUAGUUUGUUUUGUUUUGGUAUGUUGCAUUGAAAGUGGCUAAUACUGCGUUGAUUCAAUCACAAUUGCCACAGUAAAGGGAAACGUUGAUAGUGUUAACAGGAAAAACUCUACAACUGUGGUCACCAAACUUUUCUGAGUCAAGAUCACUGAAUCAAAAUGCAAACCAAGAUCUACCGCUCAGUUAUUUUUUUCACCGGUAAUAGAUCCGUUGUUGUAUUACUUGUGAGGCACAGCUGAGUGAGCAUACAUUUAAAUAAUUUGCUUUGUAUUUUUAUUUUACUGGGCUGAUGGUGCCUGCAUCUUAUGGUCAGUCUCAGCAGAGGGAGAGAGCAGCAGACUGAGGGUCCGCCUCUCAACAUCUCUCCCACUGAUUCUGACCAAAAAUUGACAAAGUCAUACAGCUAAUGGCAACUCGAGUCGCACCACAUGCACAAAUUCAUGUUGUUACUCCUAUGAACAGAGAAAGUGAAAUAUUUCCUGUAACUUUCUUUUAUGCCUGCUACAUUACUGCAGACACGGUAAUCUGAGCCAUCCGAUUGGCCAGCGGUAGGCCUAUAGUGCACUUGAUUUGCUCUCUGGGCCCACCGGGAAGGCAGAGUUUGUGCCUUCAGACACAUGAAAUGGUUCAAAAUGGCAACAGUUUGCCUACCCGGUGCACAGGGCAGCUGAAUCAGGUGCAACGGGCCGAGACUAAUACAAAAAAAUAGGAACACAAGGCUUUAUUGUUGGGUUUUUUACAGAAAUGUUUGGCGAUUGACUAGGAAUGCAUUGGAGAUCGACCAGUCGGUGACCACUGCUCUAGAAAGUUGAGUGAAGUUAAAUCUGGUGCUUCUCUCUGUGGGCUGAUAUUUCAGUGCGGGCAGUCCCGAGGAGCUGUGCAGCAGUCUCGGGGCUACUGCGCGCGUGCACAGUUUAGAGGGAACAUUGGGUGCAACUCAAUAUUAGUAAGGUGUUCCUAAUGUUUAGUGCACUCAGUGUAUGUCUGAUCAUAAAUAUACACUGUAAUCCAAGGAGAGGAUGAGACCCUGGUAAUCGAAACAUUUACAAUCAAUGGCUUAAUCUAGAACUCUAAAUCCAGGAAAGGGUUCAGAGGGUUUAUACAAGGCUGCAACCAACUAACAAAUGAAUCCAAAAGCCAUCUCUGUCUGUUUGGGUGACCUGCAGGACUUCACCAUGACUCUGUAUCUGAGGCACUACUGGAAAGACGAGAGGCUGUCCUUUCCCAGCACAACCAAUAAGAGCAUGACGUUCGACGGACGCCUGGUCAAGAAGAUCUGGGUGCCUGAUGUGUUCUUCGUCCACUCCAAGAGGUCGUUCAUUCACGACACCACCACGGAGAACAUCAUGCUCAGGGUGUUCCCAGACGGACACGUUCUCUACAGUCUCAGGUGAGGGAACUGGAAGCAGCAGCUGCACUCAGUUUCCUUUUGUGUCAAACUCCACAUUCUUCAGAAGUGCAACAGUGCCAUUUCUAUGAUGGCAGCGCAGAACUCAGUUGAUCUACAUUUGCCCAGCACACAUUUACCCAAUCUCAUAGAAUCAUACUUUACUACGAGGAUGUAGCAUGUUGAUGUUUUAUGUUUGUGUCAUCGUGGAUAUAAAGAUGUUGUGUUUGAAUCCCCAGGGUGACGGUUACUGCUGCCUGUAACAUGGACUUCAGUCGUUUCCCUCUGGAUUCACAGACCUGCACGUUAGAGCUGGAGAGCUGUAAGUAGCGGUACUCUGACUGUCUCACACUGUGUUAUGAAGGGAUUUGGUGUGGUGGUACAGUACAUCAGGCAGAUGUCAAUUUGAAAUGUCUGUUGUCUCCAGAUGCUUACACGGAUGAGGACCUCAUGCUGUACUGGAAAAGUGGGGAUGAGUCCCUGAGCACGGAUGACAGGAUCUCUCUGUCUCAGUUCCUCAUCCAGAAGUUUCACACUACCUCCAGACUGGCUUUCUACAGCAGCACAGGUAGAACCACAAAUCAGCUCUGAGGGUCUGAUAAGAACGUGUAUUGUAUAAAAAUCCUACAUACUGUAUACAAAUGAUGACUGGAUGUUGCAGGCAUUUACUUCUCAAUAAGUCAACAUUUAUUUGAAUAACAAAAUUGAAGAAUAUUAUCUGUUUGUAUGGAGUUUUGAAUGUGACAAUUUCACUGAAUCCAUAUACAAUACCUUGUUGUACAAAUACAUCUGCUCUUACGUUCUUCAGAGAAACAAAACCCAUUUUCAUAUUUAUGGUGAUAUCUCACGUCUUUCACUUCUUCCCUCCAGGCUGGUACAACCGUCUGUACAUCAACUUCACCCUGCGACGCCACAUCUUCUUCUUCCUGCUCCAGACCUACUUCCCUGCCACUCUGAUGGUCAUGUUGUCUUGGGUUUCCUUCUGGAUCGACCGUCGGGCCGUACCGGCCAGGGUCUCAUUAGGUAAGAUACACUAUUAGAAGAAAAGGUUAUACCUAGAACCUAAAAGUGUUCUUCAGCUGUCCCUGUGGGGGGGACCCUUUUUUCUAAGAGUGUAGAUGGAUUGGUUGGUUCAUAUCUAUGAGGAUACUUCCUUGAGUCUCGUGUUCACACAGACGUUGUGUGUUGUACUGUGCUCCAGGUAUCACCACAGUGCUCACCAUGUCCACCAUCAUCACUGGAGUCAACGCCUCCAUGCCCAGGGUUUCCUACAUCAAAGCUGUGGAUAUUUACCUCUGGGUCAGUUUUGUGUUUGUGUUCCUAUCGGUGCUGGAAUAUGCUGCCGUCAACUAUCUGACAACGUUGAGGGAUGGGAAAGAUCGGAAGCUCAGGGAAAAGGCCAGAGAGCAGGUAAGGUUCCCAUCAGGACUACGCCUGUAAUGCUCUUCUUUAUGUCCUUUCAGCAUAUUUCCUACUCCAAUCUCUCUCUCUUUCUCUUUCUCCUCUGUCCUACAGUCCCUGGGCCUGGUGAGAGACCAGGUAAGGGUCCUCAUCAUACCACACUGAACUACAAGUCCUUUCAUCGUUUUUCCUACUCUGAUCUCUCUCACCCCCCACCUGUCUCUCUCUCUCCAUCUCUCUCUCUGUUUCUCUGCCCUACAGUCGCUCCCCUGCACAUGUGGCAUGUCCCACACCGGGACCAUGAUGGUGGAUGGGAACCUACAGCGAGGCCGACACCAACAGUCUAGCCGGGUACACCAGGGCCCCCGCUCCCGAGGACCCCCCGGAGAAGCAGGAGCGCAUGGUGGUGCACAUCUCCUUGGACAACGAAUCCACGGCAACCAAGAAGAAGGCGCGCUUCCGCAACUUCAGUUUCAUGAAGAACACCCACGCCAUAGACACCUACUCCCGCAUGAUCUUUCCUGGAUCCUACAUCAUCUUCAACCUCAUCUAC